CCCACGGUUUCCGGCGAGGUAAUUGACAGUGUUACUUUCACUUUCCCCGGGCGAACGCUGCGAGCCGAACGCAGGUUCAUCGAUUCGGAAUAAAACCAAAUUUCUUUUAACAACGUUCUGCGGAAAAGCCAGGACACGAAAUUGCAGCUCUUUGAUCACCAAAAUUUGCUGAGCAACGUGCGUGAGAAUCGGGACCAGUCAAUGACCAUGUCACUGUCCCAGCCAAAGGGGUGAAGUCUGGCCACACCCGGGAGAUUUUAAACUUCACAAAAAACCCAACCAGAUCAAGUUACAGUGAAGAUGAAGGUUCUUUGCAUCUGUUCUAGCUCCACAGUGAGCGCCUCUCUGCCUGAUUUCAUCAUUUUCUUCAUUAUUUAUCACAUUCACAAGUUGGAAUCAGCCCAAUUCAGAGUGAUGGGUCCUGGUCACCCUGUCACUGCCAUUGUGGGUGAGAACAUUGUGUUACCCUGUCACCUGUCCCCCAGGAUGAGCGCUAAGAACAUGGAGGUGAGAUGGUUCCGAUCUGAGUUCACUUCAGUUGUUCACCAGUAUCAUGAAGGAAAGGAUCAGUAUGGAGAACAGAUGCCAGACUAUCAUGAAAGGACCGAGCUUUUGAAAGCUGGCAUCACGGAUGGGAAUGUUUCCUUGCAGAUUCUUAAUAUCAGCUGCUCAGAUGAAGGACAAUACAGCUGCUUUGUUCAAGAUGGUUCUUUUUAUGAAGAAGCCCUAUUGGAACUGAAGGUAGCAGAUGCUCUUCAAAGAGAACUCGGUAAGUGUUUCUAUUUCUCAAAUGAAGCCUUGUCCAUGUUAUUGAAACUAUCCCUGGAUCCGUCACCCUCCUUGAUCCAUCACCCUUCUGGAUUUAUCACCCCUGGAUCUGUCACCCUUCUGCCGGGUGGAGUCGGCAGCAGCAAAGGCUGGGUUUACUAUCGGGGUUCCUCUGAACAAUCCAAAACAGAAACAACUUCAGCCUCCACCCAGUAAUCUGGGAAAACUUAGCACUGCCUCUGGGCCCCUCUAA